UGCCUCCAUGUGGCGCAGGCUGUGCUCCGCCCUCAGGAGGCUCCGCCGCUCACCCGUAGCUGUGUUCGCCGGGGGCGGCCGGCUGCCCGCUGCCAUGGAGCGGGCCGUAGUCCGGUGCGUGCCAUCCGAGCCCAAGCUGAGUCUGCGGUUCGUGCUUCCUGAUGGCAGCGCCAAGCAUAUGCAGCGGGACCAGGCGGAGCCGCUGGGCCGGGCGCUGGCCCGCAUCGCCACUAAUGCCGCCAAGGGCCACCCUAAGGCAGGGAAGAAGAGUAAGAAGGCACGGGCGGAGGACGGCGUGGCGGGGGAAGCUCCGGCCGUAGCACCGGCCGUGCGGCUCUUUUCCCGCGACGGGGAAGAGGUGGCUGAGGAGAUACCGAACGCGGCGGCGUGGCAGGACGGCGCCGUGCUGCAGAUCGGGGAGGCGCAGUACCUCGUGGAGCGCAACCCGCCGACGCUCACCGAGCUCCAGCUGCCGCGAUCGCUCCUGGCUGGCUUCCCGGUGUGCCCCAAGGUGAGCGCCGAGUUCGCUGCACCUCAGCACUGCCUUUUUCGCUGGUACCACGAGCAGCGUCCCGCGGUCGGCGGGGAGGCAGCGGCGAGCGGUGACGGCCCCACUUGGGUGGAGGCGUCCGCCGAGCGCGUCUUCACGCCUUCCAACGCGCUGGUGGGGCUGCGGCUGAAGCUGCGGUGCACGCCCGGGGAUGGAGCGCAGCGCUAUGGGCUGCCCCGCGAGGUGGAGAGCAGCGGCCCUGUGGAGGCAGGACCCGGCGGCUGCACCUUCGACUCCCGGCACCUCUACACCAAGAAGGUCUGCGGCGAGGGCUCCGUUCGCACCGUCUCUUACAACAUCCUGGCCGACACUUACGCCCAGACGGAAUUCUCCCGUACCGUGCUUUACCCCUACUGCGCGCCGUACGCCCUGGAGCUCGACUACCGGCAGAACCUCCUCAAGAAGGAGCUGGCGGGCUACAGCGCCGACCUCAUUUGCUUGCAAGAAGUGGAUAAAUCCGUCUUCGUAGACAGCUUGGCCCCAGCCCUAGAUGCUUUUGGACUCGAAGGGCUCUUCAGGAUCAAGGAGAAGCAGCACGAAGGCCUGGCCAUUUUCUACCGCAGGGACAAGUUCAGUCUCCUUACCCAGCACGACAUAGCUUUUAGUGAAGCCCUGCUUUCGGACCCGCUGCACAAGGAGUUGUGUGAUAAGGUGGCCAAGUACCCCGUGGUGCAGGAGAAAGUAUUGCAGAGGUCAUCUGUGUUGCAGGUUUCAGUUCUUCAGUCUACAACUGAUCCUUCCAGGAAGAUUUGUGUAGCUAAUACCCACCUAUACUGGCACCCAAAAGGUGGGAACAUCCGCCUCAUCCAAAUCGCUGUAGCCUUGUCUCACAUCAAGCACAUAGCAUGUGACUUGUAUCCAAGUUUACCAGUCAUAUUCUGUGGAGACUUCAAUAGUACACCUUCAUCUGGGACUUACAGUUUUAUUAACAGUGGUGGCAUUGCUGAAGAUCAUGAAGACUGGGUCUCGAAUGGUGAAGAAGAAAGGUGCAAUAUGCCUCUAAGCCAUCCUUUCCAAUUGCUAAGUGCUUGUGGAGAACCUGCUUAUACAAACUAUGUUGGUGGGUUUCACGGAUGUCUGGACUACAUUUUUAUUGACAAGAAUGCCCUGGAGGUUGAACAGGUCAUUCCAUUGCCAAGUCAUGAAGAAGUAACAACCCACCAAGCUUUGCCAAGUGUUUCACAUCCUUCUGAUCAUAUAGCACUAAUAUGUGACUUAAAAUGGAAGUAGAUAGCUCCAGCAUGGUGCUUUUGCAGAUUUGAAGUAAGAAAUGGGAUUUACUGCUGGAGAACAGAAGUUAGACCCUGGCUUGUCCUCAGAGGAAAGGCAGAACAGUUCCUGAAAAGUUGAGGUGUUUAAGGGUGCUACUGAAAUUUAUCACACUGUUCAGAUGUUUGCAUGACAACUUUUCCCUUCCCUUUUUAUAUGCUAGUAAGAAAAAUGUAUUUAAGACAGGGGAUUUUGAAAAUUGGGUUAUCAUAUACCUUUUUAUUAGUGUUUUUAAAGGAUUAAGAAUUCUUUUGUUAAAAAAGAUCUAUUAAUCUGAUUUGUAAAAUUGUACAGAACCCUGCUUAAUUCUAAACCAAACACAGAACCUGAAAACAAAUUCAGUUGAUGCAGCCUCACUGUAGUUACUGCCAUGACAAUCUUUUAAACGUAAGUGCACAACUUGUGUUGCUCAUUUACCAUUCCUGUGACCCAAUUUUUCAGUAAGUGGCAUGAGUAAGGUACUUACUGCCUUCUGAAAAGAUGUUCUUUAGUUACUGGUGAAUAGAUUUUUCUGUCAACAAUAAACCCUGUUAAAUGCAAGGUUAUAAUUGAUUUGCAAGGAUUUUGCGUGCCAACUUAGUAUUGGUAAUGAGGGUAGCUUCAGUACCUGGUAAAAUAUGACUACAUAUAUGUUCCUUUUAUUGUUUGCUGGCAGCAAAAGUUUAGCUUAACCAGCUCUAGAUGAAAGGGAGGUUGUUUUCAGGCAAGGACAGAUACAGCAUAGUUGAUGUAGAGCAUUAGCUAUCUGUGCCUAAGUGUUUAAAAUGAAACACAAGUGACUUGAAAGCCUUUAUCACAACUGUUCUCUUUUGUUCCUGUACUGCACACAAAGACCUGAAUCUUUGAUGGUGUUUUUACCUACAUUUUUUCCCUUUUAGAAAUAGUACAGUCUUCCAUAUGUUGUAGAAGAUAAUGUGGAUUUGGGAAGAUGUUUUAUCCAUUCCUUCAAUGAUGGGUUGGAAUUGUUUUACACAGCUUCUUUCCCUGCAUCAUGAGUCCAUAUGAAACAAAUGGCAUUUGAAAACCAUUUCACCAUUCUCCUUCUUUCACCUAAUAAAGUUCCCUUUCAAAUUUUCUGUCACUAUUUUUCUAGUUCC